GAGGAUCUCGCAGCUAAGAGCAAGAUUGCCUUCCUGUAACCGCUUUCUGCUCGCAGAGAGUCAGGGUGUGAGCCUGCCUGCGGUUCGUGAAGAGACGAGCGUUUUUUGAGUCUUCGCUGCAUCCUCUACUCGCAUGUAAAAGGGUCAGGCGUGUGCCUUUUAUUUGCAUUCGCUUUUCCCCACAAAAAGAAAAAAAAAAAAAGGACCCUCAGAAAAGCAACGUGAACUUGGCUGCAACAUCAACUGCUGUUAAUCGGAGAGGGUCUUCUGCGUGGAUUAGGACGCAUCUGCCCAGCAGCUUCGCUGGGUAAGAUCAUGCACUGUGGAGACAUGAGCAGACCUAGGAGGAUGUGAAGAUGUUCCAGAGCACUGCUAAAACAUGGUGCCUUAGGCUUCUCCCAAUUCUCGUGUUCUUCAUCUCCUUUGUCACAUACUACUGCUCCUACGCUGUACUCCGGAGUUCUGGUGGUCCCAGUGAGAUUCUGAGCAGUAGCAAGUCGCUGUGUGGAGGCUGGCUAACUCAAAAAAAGUGGGAGAGCCUUAACCUUAACAUCAGCAGACAGACACAACUUUUUCUGAAACUGGAGGAUUUCUUCUGGCGGGAGCAUCUGUCCAAGCUGCCUUUACCUUACGGCAUUAAAGGCAGUGAGUUGCUGCUGCUCAAAGUUCUUGCUAUUUCUUCCAAUUACCAUGUGCCAGCCAAAAUUGAAAACCUUGAAUGCAGAACCUGUGCAGUUAUUGGCAAUGGAUUUGUCAUUAAAAACAGCUCCUUGGGAAGCGUCAUCAAUAAAUACGAUGUUGUCAUUAGGUUGAAUGAUGCUCCUGUAAGAGGCUAUGAGGAGGAUGUAGGAAACAAGACCACCAUGAGGUUCUUCUACCCUGAGUCCGCCUCCCAUAACCCUGCGCUGCAUAAUGACCCGGACACACUCAUGGUCCUAGUGCCUUUCAAACAACAAGACCUACGCUGGCUCAAAGAGAUAAUCUAUAAUGAAAAAAGGGUUAGGAAAGGUUUCUGGAAACCCCCGCCUCAAAUCUGGUUGGGUGAUGUAAGCAAAAUCCGAGUGCUGGACCCCCAUUUUCUGCACCAGACGGCGGAUAAACUUCUCAAGAUUCUUUCUCAAAAGGGAAAACAGAUUUCUGUUCACCCUACUACUGGCAUCCUUGCUGUCUAUGUUGCACUCAACUACUGUGAUGUGGUCCACAUCGCUGGAUUUGGAUACCCCAGUUCAAAUAAUCCACGGCAACCCAUCCACUACUAUGGAUAUGACACUAUGAAAUCCAUGAAGAAUUCCUACCAUGAUCUCAACCACGAAGCCAAAGCCUUAAAAAAGCUGGAGGAUUCAGGAGCCAUUCUUUACUUACACCCACAUUUGUGAUAAUACUUAAGUCCCAUAUCUGAUAACAUUUAUCACAAAUAUAGAUCUUUGGAUCUUAAUUUGACAACGUGCCUUUUGGGAAUCUUGAGUUUGCACUCUAAAUUUCUCUGAUACUUUGCCAAUAAAGUUUUCACUCAGGCUUUGUAUUCUGCAUAAUUUUUAACUUGCAUGACAAUCUUUAACUGAAAAACAAUGCAACUGAUCUGUUGCAUUGUUUUUUAGUUCUUGUUCUCCUAGUUUCACUGUAGUUUAUGGGGAUUCAUGUUCAGUUAUUUUGUUUGGUUAAACAAAAUACCAGCUGCAGUUGGCUUAUUUGUCAUGUGUGAUUUAUAGUAAUUUAUUUAGUACAGAGAAAAAGGCUCCACUGAUUUUUAUUUUUUUUUUGUCUACAAAUUUUGUGCAUUUGCAAAUAAAAACAAGUUUAAGUGAAA